CGAGACGCUAACUACGUACGGUAAAUUGGCCACCAGUCAUGUGCCAUCUACCUUGAACCCCACCUCCGCCACCAUGUUCCAAAGGCUCCCAUUGCUCUAGGGCUUUUUAAAUCGUAAUGUCUUCCCGAAAAUAUACCGUCAUUGACCUCGCAUUCUAACGUGCCCGGAUCCGAGCUGCAGCACCUGCCACAAGAGAGCCAUCGGAAUGACACCCGAGCCCUCUGGCCAAAGCGAGAGUCGCCGCACUCACAGAAAGUCAAAGACAGGCUGCGAUACGUGCAAGAAAAGACGUGUCAAGUGUGACGAGGUUCGUCCAAGGUGCGCCAAGUGUACCUUUGGGAACCGAACCUGCUCUUCCAGCAACAGCCCAGCGGGAACUCCCUCAUCUACCGCGUUGCUUGCUGCGGCAGCUGAAGCGAGGUCACCCGUGGCAGCUCCAGGUCGCUACGACGCCGUCCACAUGAGUCUAUUCCACUAUGCCAUUGUCAACAUGGCCAGCUUUAUGGGAGCAGGCGGUGACUCGAGCCUGGUGGUGGAAAGUGCUCUGAAUAGCACGCGUGUGGCGCCCUACCUCCUCGAUCAAUUGCUUGCUCUUAGUGCUUUAUACCUAUCUACCACAGCGCAGGCAAGCCAGGAUCUCUACCUCCGGUACGCCACCGAACUGCAGACGCGGGCCUUGGGCCAGUUCCUCGAAACCCGUGGGAAUAUCAGCGAGACAAACUUCAUACCCGCCUUCCAUUUCACCUCCUUCCUCGGGAUCCACGUCCUAUACAAUACUUUUAGAGACCAUCAGGAUAAUCUCGGCGAGUUCGUUAGCGCGUUUGUAGAUUAUGCACGAGUUCACCGGGGAAUCCGCGCCGUGACGGCCAAUUACUGGCCCCAGAUUCUUGCCUCGAAUUUGGGCUCCCUUCUAGACAUCGUGGAGAUUGGCAACAGAAUCGACCACCUGGAAGCCGGUAUCGAGACUAUUGAGCUGCGUAAACAGUUAGAAAGAUUGUCAGAUUCCUCGAGAAUGCCGGUUACUGCGUCCAUUGACGCUCUGCAGCGGAUGCAAUGGGUGCUUGAUCUUGCAAACCACAAUGCUCAAAGCUUCAGCAACAGAAUCCAGGCCGCCCUAGCCUGGCCGGUCAUCAUUUCAGACGAUUAUAUUGAUUCGUUAUAUCUACGCCAUCCUGAGGCGCUGGCAGUCUUGGCUUUCUUCCUUGCCUUUGUGUACGAAAAUCGAUCGUAUUGGGUCUUCGAACCUUGCGCCGGGUCUCUCAUCGAAGCACUAGCCAGCCAUCUUGGACCGUUUUGGAAGGAAGGUUUGAGUUGGCCGCUGUCAAAAGUCGCUGGAUCUUGA